AUGACCAAAGGAUUGCUUAGUAUUAAAGCUUUUGAUGCUAAUUUGCGAAUUACCAGCAGUGCUUCCGAUAAGGAAGGAAAGCUGACUAGUCAUUUGUUCAUUUUCUUUACAAUCGUGGAGGUCACUACUGUACAACUUGUAGAAAACGGGUCAGUUGACCAUAACAACUUAGUAUAUCGUGAAGAAGGUGAAGAGGUUUCACCACUGGAGACUACGAAAGCAGAAGUAUCUCUUCUCAGCGAAGAUAUUAAUAAAGGUGAUAUUGUUAUAACGGAGAAAAGUGAAGACAUUAGAGACGACUACGAUACUUAUAUUAUAAAGGAAGUUGGGCCUGAUUUACACAAAGAAACAGAAUAUCACCAUAUAGAAAUACCAGAAGAGGAAGGAGUCCUAAUAUCUGACAACGAGCUUCCAUCUCCCCCACUUUCAGUUUGUCAAGAGCUACAACUAGAGAAUACUGAAGAACAUUUCCCGCCAACGCCUUCACCAAGUCCCAAGGAUCCUAGUGAUAUAGCAUCGCAUAUUGGUGAAGUUGCUUUGGGUGAUUUAUUGUCAAACAAUCAAGAAUCUAAAGCGGAACAAGUUUCUUCAAAUAAAGAAGAAGAAGACAUUUUCUCAGAAGAACCAACUUUCCAACAAAAAAACGAGUAUUCAGACGAAGUAGCUCCGAAUUUAUCCAGUUACAUUGCAGACGAGUUUGACAAUCAGUCCGCUGAUUACUUGAAUGCAGAUAUUGGACCAGAGGUUCCUGUAACACAAGCAGACAACUUCACUGGUAUUUCUGAAUUGAAAGAAGAAGGUAACACAUUCGAAACUGGAAGUUUAGUCGCCGAGUCACCGAACAGUGAGAAAGACUUAACUGAGUUGCCUAAUUUGGAAAAAGCAUCAGCUGAAUCACUGAAACUUGAUAAAGAAUCGACAGAGUCUUCUAAUCUUGAAAGAGCAUUUACUGAAUCAGCUAACGUUGAGGAACAAGCGAUUACACCAUCUUGUCUAGAGCAAGAAGCGGAACAGUUAUCCAGCUUUGAAGGAGAAGUUAACAGAACAGCUGAAUUUCAGGAGGAAGUAAUUGAUUCAUCCAAAUUUGAGGAGGAGAUAAUUGAAUCUACUGAAUCACCUGACAUUUUUACUUCCCAGUCACAAGUUGAUACAGUGUGUUUUCAAUCCCCUUUAACUGAAUACCAUCCAGUAGAAAAAGAAGAAGAAACAGAAGAAGAGGGAGAUAAGGAGACAGAGCAAUUCGAUCAAGUAUUGGUUGCUGAACCAUCACACGAAAAAGACCCUGGCUCUUUUUACACACAUUCUGAAGCAUCACUAACGAAGGACUCAACUAACGAUUUUCUCGAUAAUAGUAAUCGAAAUUCACUUAUAUCGAGUGAAUCUGUACCGUCGAAACAACGCUCUUCUCUGACUAAUUCAAUAGGAGAGUCUGUAAACUGUAUAACUGCUGAUAAUACCAAUAAAAAUUUAAAAGAAUUAACGUGUGAUACAUCAAUGGGAACAACAGUUGGUGUAUCAGAUAUAAUGGCAGAUCAAUCGGAAAUCAAGGAAUCGUACACUUCUUAUCCAUAUGAAGUUGAGAAUACACCAUCUCAAAGUUCUUUUGGCCAUUUAGGUGAUACGAAUGAAAUGCCCAGUCAUGGUGAAUAUCAGACAAGCAUAGACGAUGGAGAUGACGAAUUGCCAAUUGACAGGAAAGUCACCACUGAACCCAAUGUUUACGAUGAUGAAGAUGAUUACGAGGAAGAUGUUGUUCACGAGGAAUCAGAACAAACCAAUAUGAAAACUGAAGAAAGUUAUACCACAUUCACAAAUUCAUCUCAGCCAAAACAAGAGCCGCACCCAGAUAUUGCUGCACUUAAACAAAAAGAAAUAUCAAAUCAAUCGACAAUAAAUACUGUUGGAGGGGACAAUGGUCAGGACUUCGACGGAAGCUCGAAAAUGACUUUCAAUCAGAUUAGAGAAGAUUUAGAGAAAAAGAAUGUGAUCGGUUCACUGCAACCCUUACACCCUGAACAGUAUAUAAUGCAUCAUCAAGCUGGUGUACUUCGACAACAACAAGAGAUGGUAGUUUUGAAUCCACAAACUGGAGAAGUAUUAAAUGAUCGGUAUUCAGCAUCAACUACUGCUAUUACAACUGCUACUACUAAUACAUCACAUCAUUUCGCUAGAAAUCUAACGUCAAACGAUACUGUAGUUACAACUGGUGGUAAUGUCAACGGUCCAUCAAGUGGGCAUGUAACAACAGGACAACAGAAGAGCUCCGUCUAUCGUAAAACUGAACAGAAUUCUGUAGACGGAACAAAUGGCGGAGCAGGAGGUAUGAGCACGAACAGCAAUGGAGGCAGUGCUGGUGGCAGAGGUGGGGCCUCAGCUGGUGGUUUGGAUCGUUGUAGGCAGGCAUACAAUAUGUUUGAAUGUCAGAUGGCUCAACUUACAGUGUUUCUGGAUCGUGCAUUGAUAUGCAGGCGAAUAAGGCCACGUUUCAAUGCUUCGGAAAUUACUGAAGUCCUUUUCGAGCACUUGUCACCAGCAAUUGAUAAAGAUUCAAUUCGUGUGGAAAUUCGAGGAGCUGCUACAAUUCUAGAUGUGAGCUUUUCAGCUAAAUCACUGUCAGGAGAUGAAGACACCUGGUCACAGGUUAUAAAUGAAUUAUUGAUCGAGCUAAGACAGUGUCGUCGUCGAGCAGACAAUCUAGUCAACCGAAUCAUCCGAACGGAAAAACAACGUUGUGUCCUUGAGACAUUUGCAGACAGUCUAUCACGUCGUGAGGAUGAAAUACUGUUCAGCGGAAAUCAUCAUGGUCCCGCUGCAUCAACAGGCGCACAGAAUCAUACAGCUGCGACAGACCAGUUGAAUAAUAUUCCAUCACAAACAGCACAAAGUGGACAGCUGACAACUUUGAGUGCAGAACACAAAAGUACAACUGAUAUCACUAAUCCAUAUGAUCCAAGAAAUGUGGAGACGUUGCACAGAUUUUUGGAGAUAUACAAAGAUGAAGCUGAACGCUUUGAUACAGUUCUAAUGGAUACUAAUGAAGAGCUGGAACAAGUGCGUACACGGAUUGAAACACUAGAAAAAGAAAUUCACGACAUAGAACUAAAACAGGAUGAACAUUUAGCUAGAGAACUAAGUGUACUUGUUGAACCAAGGGAAACUGGUCAAGUAGAGAUGCUUGUGUCGUAUGUGGUUGGUCGAUGUGGAUGGAAGCCAGCCUAUGAUAUUCGUAUUUUCAAUAAUGAUGGAACAAUGAAAAUUGUAUACUACGGAAUGGUUCAACAAGCUACCGGUGAAGAUUGGGAAACACGUUAUAUGACUUUGUCUACUGCACAGCCUGGUAUAGGCGGUACAGUUCCACAUUUAGGUGUUCAACGAGUACAUUUUCGUAGGGAUCAUUCUCCAGCGAUUCCUAUACCACGAAAUGCCAUAUCUGGCUCAGGAGCAACAGCCAGUGGGAUAACAGGAGGAGCGUCAUCAACACACUCAGGCCCAGGUGCUUCAAUGUCUGGCGGUACUUCAGCGGCAGGGAAACAUUCUCGGUCAUGCGCUAAACUAGGUGCUUUUCGACGAUCUAACCGACCAACUGGAACAAGUUUAAAUGAAACAGACCGUGGAUCUGUUGAAAAUGAGCGUGAUGGUAUCACACCAGCUGGAACACUUCAACGCGGUAGUAGUACUGAAAAUGCAUAUGCAACUGGAUUACGAGCUGCUGGUUCAAGACAAAUAUCUAGACGUACAUUAGCCUCAAGUAUGCUGUUCAACUCUGGAAGUUCUCCGAGUCCUCUAUUAUCAAAUAGAAUGUCUGUUCUUAUGAAUUCACAGUCCACUUUACUACCGAACACUACAUCUCCAUCAGCACCACCUGUAGGAACAGUUGCUACAUUACAACUGGAAGUUCCACGACCACCUUCAUUAAUUCGUUGUGAUAAUGAACCAAAUCGUGUUACAGUUGGACUUUUAGACUUACAGCCACGUUAUGAAUAUGUGACUGUACCGAAACGUUCUCUUCAUGCUUAUUUGAAGGCGACAGCAGUUAAUAACACAGAGUUUUCAAUUCUUGCUGGUCCAACGAAUAUAUAUGCUGAUAAUACAUUUAUUGGUAAAUCUGAAAUACGUGCUGUUGCUCCAGGAGAAGAGUUCAGCUGUCAUUUGGGUGCUGAAAACGGUGUCAAGAUACUAUAUCGUCCAUUGUAUAAGUAUCGUGAAGGUACUGGUUCUGGUGGCAAGAAUGCAACAAUGACAUUUAAACAGUUAAUUGAAGUUCGUAAUACAUUCGAUCGUCGUAUACGUCUCAUGGUUGUCGAUCAAGUCCCUGUCAGUGCUGAGGAUAAAAUCAAAGUUAGUCUAUUAGAGCCAACUAUCAAACAUCCCGAAAAAUAUGACAGAAAUAAACCAAUCAGAAUGAAUAAAUAUAACAAUGUUGAAUGGGAUCUCGAUUUAGGCCCAGGUGAAAUACGUGAACUAACAUUGAAGUAUUCUGUGGAACAUCCAAUCAAUGAAGACCUGGAUGUUUCUGUCUCUGAAAUAUGA